GGUGAACAGAAUUCAACCCACCAGCAGCGCCCCUGCAGCACUCUGCGCCUCUCUCCACUCCAGGGAAGGUUAGCACUGUCAUGGAGGGCUUUACCUGUGGACUGUGGCUGCUCACCUUGCUGCUGGGAUGUGGGCGACUAUCGGCGUUCAACCUGGACACCGAGAAUGUGCAGCGGAAGGCCGGGGACCCCGGGAGCCUGUUCGGCUUCUCUCUAGCCAUGCACUGGCAGCUCAACCCGCAGAACAAGAGGCUGUUGCUGGUCGGAGCACCAAAAGCAAAAGCCUUAAGUGGUCAAAAAGCUAAAGUGACAGGAGGACUCUACAAAUGUGACAUGAGCUUAUCCACUCCUGAUUGCACAAGAGUCAUCUUUGACAAUGAUGAGGAUCUAAGCAAAGAAAGCAAAGAGAAUCAGUGGUUGGGAGUGACGGUCAGCAGUCAGGGACCAGGUGGCAAGGUUUUGACCUGUGCCCAUCGCUACCAGAGGCGGAAAAAUGUGAACUCAAACAUUGAAAACCGCGACAUCAUUGGCCGUUGUUAUGUGCUGAGUCAGGACUUAACUAUUAAUGCUAAAUCAAGUGAAGACGGAGGCAACUGGCAUUUUUGUGACAACCGGAAUAGAGGGCAUGAGAUGUUUGGUUCCUGCCAGCAGGGCCUCUCUGCUACAUUCGACAAAGACUUCCACUACCUCAUUUUUGGGGCUCCUGGAGCUUACAACUGGAAAGGUGUGGUACGCUUGGAUCAAAGGAAUGAGACUUUCAUAGAUUUGGGCAUCUUUGACGAUGGGCCAUUUGAGGCAGGUGAUGAGGUUGAUAAGAAUCCAAACCUGGUCCCAGCUCCCGCCAGCAGCUACAUGGGCUUCUCUUUGGACUCAGGGAAAAGUUUGACCAAGAAGGGCCAGUUGACAGUGGUGGCAGGAGCUCCCAGGGCAAACUACAGUGGAGCGGUGAUCCUACUGAAGAAGGGCGGAGACACAAGCAGGAUCUUGGUAGAAGAGUACAUCCUGGAAGGGCAGGGACUAGCUUCGUCUUUUGGUUACGACGUGGCUGUUCUGGAUUUCAACAAGGAUGGUUGGGAGGACAUAGUGGUGGGAGCCCCCCAGUACUUUGAGAAGGAUGGAGAAAUUGGGGGAGCUGUCUAUCUUUACAUCAACAAGGCUGGAAAGUGGAACCAAGUCACGCCCAUUAGAAUGGAUGGAUCCAUGUACUCUAUGUUUGGCUUAGCUGUGGAAAACCUCGGGGAUAUCAAUCAGGAUGGCUACCACGAUUUUGCAGCGGCAGCUCCUUAUGAAGAUGAUGGUGCCGGCAGCGUUUACAUUUACCAUGGAUCUGCUGCAGAACAAACGAAUAAAAAAGCUGCACAGGUGCUGUCUGGUAAGCCUUUGGGAGUGAAGCUGUUUGGCUACUCUUUGGCAGGCAAUAUGGACCUGGAUGGUAACUCCUAUCCAGACCUGGCUGUUGGAUCACUCUCAGAUGCCGUUUUUCUUUACAAAGCCCGGCCAGUUGUCAGCAUUCAGAAGGAAAUCACUUUCAGUCCAAACAAAAUCGACCUUACGAACAAGAACUGUGGAAACACUUUCUGCUUGGAAGUGAAAGCAUGCUUCAACUACGAUGCUGUCCCAAAGAGUUAUUCUCCCAGUCUGACGGUGAAAUAUACCCUUGAAGUGGACGCUGACCGCAGGAAGAACGGUCUCAUACCCAGGGCAACUUUCAUGGACUCCUCCGGUUCUGAUCUCUAUAAGUCCACUGGUAUCCUUUCCAUGGACACAAAAGGAAAGCAACAGUGUGUUACACGAAAACUAGCCAUGCAGGAAAAUAUCCGAGACAAGCUGCGUGCCAUCCCCAUCGACGUGUCUGUGAAUAUCCAGAAUACAAAACGUAAACGCAGACAGAGUGCAACAUCCCAACCCUCACCUGUCCUAGAUGCCAAAGAUCAAAACACAACUCGACAAGAGGUGGCGUUUUUAAAAGUGGGAUGUGGCAGCGACGAUGUGUGUCAAAGCAACCUGCGAGUGAAAUAUCAGUACGGCUACAAGACACCCAACCAAAAUGCAUUCACUCCAUUAGAACUGGAGGACGGUCUGCCGACACUCUCCCUCAGCAACCAAAAGGAGAUCGCCUUGGAGGUCACGGUGACCAAUGAAAAUGGAGAGGAUGCAUACGAAGCACUGGUGAUAGCAAACUUACCCCGCUCCUUGUCCUACUCUAAUUACGAGGAUUUAUCAGAUGGGCCGCCAGUCACCUGCAAUGCAAACAAAGAUGGUACAAAGGUUGACUGUGAUUUAGGAAACCCCUUCAAGCGUGGCUCAAAGACCACCUUCUACAUUAUUUUGAGCACAUCUGGCAUUUCUCUCGACACCACUGAACUGGAGACUGAACUUCAGUUAAACACGACGAGUAACCAGCAGACUCUAGCUCCAAUUAAAGCAAAGUUAAAGGUGGCUAUCGUGUUGCAGCUGUCCUUUUCAGGACAAGCCCAACCAUCUCAGGUCUACUUUACUGGAGAUAUUAAAGGUGAGUCGGCCAUGAAGACCGAAAGCGACAUCGGCAGUGCAAUCUCAUACAAGUUCAGAAUUAUUAACCUGGGAAAGCGACUGACAGAUGUUGGAACUGCCACCCUUCAAAUCGAGUGGCCAAAGCAGGUGAGCAAUGGAAAGUGGCUGCUCUACCUGAUGAAGAUUAACACCCCAGGCAUGGAUACAAUAAAAUGCACAACAGGAGAAGAGCUCAACCCACUAAAAUUAGAACAAGGUAACACCAGAACAAGGAGAGAAGCAAGAAACAAGGAGGAAGGAAUCAAGGCCACUCUUUCUCGUUUAACUGAGGGCAAAGACUCUAAAAUUUUGUCUUGUGGCAACGGGGCACAGUGUGUGACGAUAAAGUGCCCCCUGGGGGACCUGGACAGUAAUGCAGACAUUAUUCUUUACUCUCGUCUCUGGAAUAGCACAUUUCUAGAGGACUAUUCAAAGUUACACCACGUGGAGGUGAUAGUGAAGGCCUCUCUGCGCGUUGACAGCUCAGCAAAGAAUACAAUGCUGCAGAAUGCAGAGACAGAGGUAAAGCUGACUGUGUUUCCUGAGAGACGUUCUGCUCACUACGGAGGAGUGCCAUGGUGGAUCAUCUUGCUGUCCAUCCUGUUUGGCCUGCUGCUACUGGGCCUGCUUGCUUACCUUCUUUGGAAGUGUGGCUUUUUUAAGCGCGCCAAACAUGAAGACAGGGUUCCCAGUUACAGUGCGGUUCGGAUCAGGCGGGAGGCGAGAGCGGUAAAUGCUCCGAACGACAACUGGGACAAGGUGGAAAGGAAGCCGUGGAUGACAACUUGGCACGACAAGGAGCAUUAUUCGUAACAGCCAAAGAGAUCUGGCUGCACAGCAUCACUGUCGCUUAUAGAUGAACUAAAAGUUUCCCUAAUUUUUGCUGCCCUGCUUUUGCACAUCGAGGACUGUAGAUAACUAAAUCAUCUGGAUUUUAUUGUUUUUUCUGUUUUAAGAUGAAAAACUGGAUCAAACAAACUUUCUCGGGCAAGGGCUGAAUCAUUCUUAAGCUGUGUGUAGGAGACGGUUCUGCACAUCUGAGUUUCUGAAGCUUUUUGGUACACGCAGCGCUGACUGGGGGCUAAGUGGGUAGAAAUGUGUGUUUUGUACAUUUGAAUGUUUUAAGUUGUUUGUAUUUAUUCUUGCAAGGAGUAUUUUGUUGCUUUACAAGACCAAAGAGUAAUGAAUGCCCACAAGGCAUAACUAGAACAGUUUUAGCUUUUUAAAUGUGAAUUCCUAAAAGAUGAUAAUUAACUGACCCAUCCUGCAAGUUUAUGAAAACUUGCUAUAGAUUUUAAGUAUGACACCAUCAAUGCCUUCAUGAAUAAAAGUUUUAACAGA